AAUCAUCAUAAGUUACAUUAAUUAUGUCAGUACAUGGCGGUUGGACUACAUGGUCAAACUGGGGAGCGUGUUCUGUGACUUGUGAAUUUGGUAUACAAAGAAGACAUCGUAACUGUACCAAUCCAUACCCUUCUAGAUUUGGAGACCACUGUUUUGGAGACACAAUGGAUGAUAGAGUUUGUAUGGUUAAAGCGUGCGCUGAUGGUGGAUGGACUACAUGGGGAAGUUGGACAAGUUGUAGUGCUUCCUGCGACGGCGGUUUACGUACACAAUCACGAACUUGCACAAACCCACCACCUUCUCCGCUGGGUAAAGCAUGCGAAGGCGAUUCUUCUAAAAUUGCAAUUUCAAAACAUACCAACCGUGGCUUUCAACGUAUACCAUUUGACAAAUCUGAGUCCUCGUGUCGGCGAGGUAAUGAAAUUUCAAACGGUUUUAUUAAACGCGGGAAAUGGAUAUAA